AUGAAUUAAUUAUAAACAGAUGUUAUUUAUCAAAUUUUCAAAUAAGGAAAAUUUGAAGACAAUUAAGAAUAUUCACUUCCUGAUGUCUUUCAAUAUAUUAACUAACUGGUAUUAAUUGAAAUUAGUUAUUAAGAUUAGAAGAGAGUUUCCAAAUGAAUUAAUAGAAAAAAUUAGAUUAAAUCACCCAACUCAUUCUUAAGGAUAUUAUUUUACAAUUAAUGAUCUUGUUGAGAUGACCUUUAAAGAAUAUUAGAAUUAAAAUUAAAUUAGACAGGAUGCUAAUAAUUAAAUACUUCUUUAUAGGAGUGAAUACAAAAAAUUAUAAGAUGAAUUAUAACAAGCAAGGAAAGAAGAAAAACAAAAUGAAUAUGAAAUAGAUAACGAUAGUACUCUAUUUAUUACAAUUUCUCAUGGCGAAUGUUUGAAGUUAUCUAAAUAUUAUGUUUUGUUAACACUAUUUAAUAAUUAGCAGUAAACUAAAUUAUCAGACAUGACAAUCCAACCAAUUUGGAAAGAAGAGUUUUAAAUGUAAAUAUAUAAAAUUAAGUAGAAUAGUCAUGUUUAAUCGCCCCAUGGUUAAAUUUUCAUAGGAUUGUUUAAUUAAGAUUAGCAUUUAAUUGGUUAGUUAUAGCUUCCUCUAUACUAGUACAAAGAUUAACAACACUAUACACAAGAUUAUAUUUUAGAGAAUGAAUAUGGAGUGUUAAUUAAUUCUAAACUAAAAUUAAAUUUAACUAUUUGGUGGGUUCACAGUAAAGUAGCAUUAUUGGAAGAUCACUUAUCAAAUGUGAAUCAUUUUAGAAAAGAAAUCGAGGAAUAAUAAGUGAUUGUUGAUAAGGCUAAUUAUCUUAUAGAGGCUUUAACAUUUACUUUUAAUAGAUCUAGAAUAUAGAGAUAACCUUAAAUAAUAAAUGUUUAAUAGCAAUAAUAAUAAGUACUGAUUUAGUUGAGUGAAGUAAAUCACUGGACUAUAGACUAUUAAGACAGUAUGUACACAUUAGCAAAAUUAUUUAAAAGUAUUAUAUUUAUAUGUUAUAAAUAAAGGCGAACAUUAAGAUACCAUAGAGGAAUGGUAAAGAGUAGUGAUCAUUUUAAGUGCUAUUACAUCUCUAUUUUCUUUAAUUUUUGUCAGUGUAGCUAGACCUUGUUUUUAAUAAACAACAACAACUAUGUCAAUAGGAAUGUUAGUUUGGGCAUAUAGAGAUAAUUUCAUUAAAACAACAAAAAUUUUAGCAUAAAUAUCUUUGAUAAUUAUAAUAUAAUGCAUCUUUGAUUCUAUAUGGUUGGUCAUAAAUUAUGUAAAAUAGAUGAUAAUAUAAUUAGUAAGAUUGGUGGACAAGAGAACUGAUGAUUGCUUAAUAAAUAUUUGGAAGUUCAAUACUUAAUUAUAUUUCUUAUUACUGUACAAUAAUUUAUUUACCCAUCAAUUUUAUCUUGGCUUCAUGUUCAUUCAAUUUAUCUUUAAAAUACUUAGCGUAGACUAAUUUAGAAUCACAAUUAUGA